AUGAGGUGCUUCUGUCUGCUGCUGCUCGCUCUGGGCGUGUGUGAAGCUGCCCGUGGACGGGAGUGGGCUCACCAUGGGGCCUCAAUGUUCGCCGACCUGACCCCCCGCGAGAUGUGCGACUUCCGGGACUACCUGCAAGGCAAGCCAGAGCUGGGUCUGACAGCUGCCCGGGGCAAGUCCCUGAAAAAGAACAGCAUUCUGCUGAUGGAGCUCCACCUGCCCCGCAAGCACGAGGCCCUGAUGGCCCUGGACCGGGGCCAGGACAAGCCCACGCGCCAGGCCAGGGUGGUGGUGCAGUUCGGGACCCAGGCCCAACCCAACAUCACAGAGAUCAUCGUGAGUCCACUUCCCUUCCCUACUUCGUACAGGAGGAAGACCUUCAAGGGAGACAGACCCAUUCGGUUUGAGUCAAGACCCAUCACAGUGGCUGAGUACUCGCACAUCAUCGACAUUUUGCAGAAGAUCACCGCCAAGGUCCACAAGGUCCUGUUUGAGACCACGGGGGGAUUUUCCUUCCACAACUGCACCGACCGGUGCCUGACGUUCUCUGACAUUGCACCCCGUGGUUUGGAGUCGGGUGAGAGGAGGACCUGGAUUAUGCUGCAGAAGUUCGUGGAGGGCUACUUCAUCCAUCCUGUGGGCUUUGAGGUCCUGGUGAACCAUAAAGAACUGGACCCUGAGUGCUGGACAAGGUGUGGUACAAUGGCCAGUACUUUGACAACGUGGAGGAAAUUGCGGAGUAAUACGAGAAAGGAACGCUGGAGAAAGUCAAGCUUCCUGACCAUGACGAAGAGGACUUGUUCUCCACUUACAUUCCCCGCGGGCACAGCAACACCCGCACCGACAUCCACGGUCCCAAACUUUUGGAGCCCCAAGGCCCUCGCUACCACGUGGAUGGGAACUUUGUGGAAUAUGCUGGCUGGUCCUUCGCCUUCCGUGUCCGCUCCUCCGCCGGCCUCCAGAUCUUCGACCUGCGCUUCAACGGAGAGCGCAUCGCCUACGAGGUCAGUCUCCAGGAGGCCAUUGCCUUCUAUUCGGGCGACACCCCGCUGCCAUGCAGACCAAAUACAUUGACGCCGGCUGAACCAUGGGCACCGUGGACUACGAGCUGGCGCCUGACAUCGACUGCCCCGAAAUCGCCACCUUUCUAGACCUGCACCAUUACUACGACACGGACAAGCCUGUACGUGACAAGAACGCCCUGUGUGUGUUUGAGAUUACCACGGGGAUGCCUCUGAGGAGGCACUUCAACAGUAACUUCCAGGGGUUGCUACAACUUCUUCGGGGGUCUGGAGAACCAUGUGCUGGUGCUUCGUACCACCUCCACUGUCUAUAACUACGACUACAUCUGGGACUUCCUCUUCUAUCAGAACGGAGUGAUGGAGUCCAGGGUCAGUGCCACCGGUUACAUCCACGCCACCGUCUUCACGCCUAACGGACUGUACUACGGCUCCAAGGUGUAUAACUACGUACUGGGCAACCUGCACACGCAUGUCAUCCACUACAAGGUUGACCUUGAUAUUGCUGAUGAGUUCUGUUCUAUUAAUCUGGUAGCGUGGUUAUGUCAUUCAGGAUUCUGGAACCACAUUUAGUAAAUGCUGUGAUUGGUUGCUGAUUAUCUGUAAAGCUACAAAGUUCUGUAUAUAUGUACAUACAGCUGUAUAUAAUAACAAAUGGGUUAGUAUGCUUUCAAAAUAGAAAAAUAAAUAAAAUACCAAAGCAAUAAGAAUGUUCACAUGUACAGGCUUGUGUUCUAGCCCCUGUUUGAUCUGACACACUUCUAGAGAAGUAUAUGAGAUUCUUAAAGGUAUUUUAGACACUUGGUCCAACAUUGCAUUAUGAGUGUUGCUCCUAGAUGGUUUAUGAUUGUUGCUCCCAGCCAAAUACAAUAACAUGAGAUUAUGUCAGCCAUUGUGGUGAAUCAUUGACAAGAAACACAAAAUACAACUGAUAAAUCACAUGUGAAAUGAUAUGCCUAGUCUGUGAGUUGCAGAACAUUAGUGCCUAGGUCCACUGCAUUUGAACUCAACAAAGGGCAAUAAAGGGAGGUUUUAAAUGCAUUAACAAUUUAAUCUAAAUUCUUCUUUCGAAAUUGCUGAAUUUAAAUGGAAUUAACCCAACCCUUCUUGACCCCAACCCUGCUUGACACCGUUAAUAUGAUUGCUUUUGUCAAACGCUCCAGGUCGGGAGAACAGCCUUGAGUCGAUGAACCUCAAGUACGUGAACUUCACCAACCCCGUGGAGCCAUAAACAUUUCGUCGUCCAAUCCAAGCUCGUCAAGACGCAGCACCAGACGGAACGCAGCGCUGCCUUCCGCUUCGGCAAGAAGUUCCCCCGCUACAUGCACUUCUAUAACAAGUGGGGCCACCAGAAAGGUUACCACGCCAACAGUGUGCUGCCCCGUGGCUGGAGAGAGGAGAACGGCAUCAGCUGGUCCAGGUAACAACAACAACAACACACAGCUAGUUAAAGUAAUUGUUCACCCUAAAAUCAUUGUUUAUCGGAUGUUUUCAUACCUCAAUCAACUUCAGUUCAUCCCGCGCCAUCUGUUGAGUAGCUCCCACUGUAGACAGAGGAAAUCUGCAGGCCACAACCAAAAAAUGAAAAGGGAAAGAUUGGCACCAUCUAAUCAUAUAGUGGGGUAGUAUGGGUACUAUCCCUUUAAAGCUGUGAUAGGCGAAACGGCGCCACUGGCCGCUCCAGGCGCAUUUGUUAUUGUUUUUUGUUUGGAGGAAAUAAGCAUCCAGCAACGUGGUAAAAAAUCAUCGUAGUACAUACUCUGCUGUUCUAUCGCGCAUGCAAUGAUCUGCAAUGAUUUCCAAAGAAAGAAAUGGAGGGUUUCAGAUUAUUAUUAUAACAACUGACAUCUACUGUCAGACAGUUCCGAUUCAGUCUGAAGUGCACUACAUAUGAUCUGUACUGGUGAAAGAGGCUUUAUCUUCCUCCGUAGAUACCCGUUGGCUGUGACCAGACACAAGGACAGUGAGCCCACCAGCAGUAGUAUCUACAAUCAGAACGACCCCUGGGAGCCUGUGGUCUCCUUCGAGGACUACAUCCGCAACAAUGAAAACAUCACCAACCAGGUGAGACCUGUUGCUACCAAUAACUCAACUCACUCUCAGACUCAAAAUUGCAGCUUCUCUACCCUGGAUGGCAUUAAUGUGUAUAAUUCACAGGUUACGGGACUGUAAUUGUAUAAUAACUCAAUAAUAAAUUCAAUCAAUCAAUUAAUCAAUCAGCCUGUCUCCUGUGUAGGACCUGGUUGCCUGGGUAACGGUGGGCUUCCUGCACGUGCCCCACUCAGAGGACAUCCCCAAUACGGCGACGCCCGGCAAUGCCGUGGGCUUCUUCCCGCGUCCCUUCAACUUUCUUCGACGAGGACCCCUCUCUGGCAUCCCGCAGUACCGUCAUCGUCCGGCAAGACAAAGAGGGCAAACCCAAGAUGGACCCCAGAGGUCGUAG